AUGCCACCGCCGUCACCUCCCCCAGAUGCGUAUAAACCAGGGACAAAGCUAGUUGUCGGAUCACAUCAGAUUUCGAUUAUUAAAUAUAUAUCUGCUGGUGGUUUUGCCCACGUAUACACUUGCCAUAUUGAUCCAGCGUUUCAUGGUUCCAACACUGCCUGUUUGAAACGAGUUGUCGUUCCAAGCAAAUGGCAAUUGAGCCUUCUUCGUCAAGAAGUGGAUGCCAUGAGAAGGCUACGAGGCAACAAACACAUUGUCUCUUACAUUGAUUCCCACGCAUCUCGAUUAAACGAGCCUAAUCACCACAACCAACAACAAUACGAAGUGCUAUUGUUGAUGGAAUACUGCGAGAAUAAUGGAUUGAUUGAUUUUAUGAACACAAGGCUAGUCAACAAGUUAACGGAGAAGGAGAUAAUAGACAUAAUGUACCAAGUGACAAUCGGAGUCGCCAUGUGCCAUCAUUUACGACCACCUCUUAUACAUCGCGAUAUAAAAAUAGAAAACGUCUUGAUUGAUUCCAACCAUGUUUUCAAACUAUGCGAUUUUGGGUCGUCAGUGAAUUACAUGGCGCCACCAAAGAACCCGCAAGAACUACAAUUGAUGAAGGAUGACUUGAUGCAGCACACAACACCGCAAUAUAGAGCACCCGAAAUGAUUGAUUUAACAAAGGGGUUCCCUGUAGAUGAUAAGCUGGACAUCUGGGCAUUGGGUAUAUUUUUAUACAAAUUGUGCUACUACACAACUCCAUUUGAACUGCCCAACCAAUCGAACUUGCAAGAUUUGGAAAGAGCCAUUUUGAAUUGCUCAGAGACAUUGAGAUUUAAGGACCAGCCGGGGCUGAUGUUUUCACCCAGAUUGAAAAAUGUUAUUAAAGUAUGCCUACGGGCAGACCCCAGGCGUCGACCAAAUGCCGUACAACUAUUGGGAGAAUUGUGUCAAAUGAAGGGGCAAACUAAGGUACCGAAUGUUAUCCCAGCUAGUAUCUUGCAAGCAGCUACGACUGAUAUAAAGAAGUCGGUCAGCCCAUCUGCUCCAGAAGCAAAGAGGUCGGUCAGUCCACCUGCUCCAGAGACAAAGAAGUUGGUCACCCCACCUCUCCACCACAACAAUGCCAAAGCUAAAGCAGGCAAAUCUGUUGACGCUUUUGCAGCCAUUGAUAAAACAAAGUUUAUGAAAAAAUUGGAUACAAAGGCAGUUUCGUCUCCGUUUGAGCUGGAACCAAAACGGGCAGUAACACGUCCACUCAGCGCCUACUACGACAAUGGUCACAAGCCAAAGAUAUACGCACAGGGGAACAAAUCUACACCCUCAGUUCAAGAUAAAGUCAAGCAGGAACUUGCCAGAGGUUAUGAAACUACCGACUUGGGUGAAACAGAAGACACUAUGAAGUUUUUGAAAACUAAAGAGAGUGAGAGUCAUGAUGGAAGUAUGAAAUCGGCUUGGAACAGCUUGAGAAGAAUUAGCACAGGUGGAAGCAAUACCUUGAGAAGGAUUAGCACAGGAGGGAGUAUCAGUGCUAAUAAUACAGGCGCUUCGGAUUAUGGCAGUAGAAGAAAGAGUCUCAAACAAAUAUUAACUGGAAGUAGAAGAUCGUCAGAUGAAAAGAUCGAUCCAGUGACUUCGGACGAAUCUGUGGAGAAAGAGAAGCUGAUUCAAAAACGAAUGCAGGCACUUCUUGCUCAAAGUGAAUCACAACAAGUUCACAAGACUGCACUGGGCUACGGAAGAUUUACUGAUAAAAACGUGGUAGACGAUAUUGACUCCAUCAAUGAAUCUCCGUAUACCAAGAAACCACCAGUAAAAAAAUUGGCGCCUCCCAAGGUCCCUGUAAAUUUGUCCUCGUCGAGACAGCACAAAUCGCCUACGCCAGACGCUGCGAAACCACAAGUUCUGUCAAAUAAGCACUCGCAUAGACCCAAGUCUUAUGUUGCACCCACACCCUCACCCAAACCUGCAUACAAACCCAAGCCAAAGCCAAAGCCCAAACCGCAAGUACAUCACGAUAACCCCAAGAAGCCACCUCCAAGCAAGCCGAAAAAGCCGUCUUUUCUCAAAUCGGAUCAACAACCAUCUCGAAGACUGAGUACAGGCAGUGACUUAUCGCUACCAGAUAUAGAUGACUUAGAGAAGCAAUUUUCAAAAAGAUUCCCCAAUUAUGUCUAG